AUGGCGUUUAUUGCUUAUGCGCUUGCCAUCCUGUUAAGCACUUGUUUUUGCCGGUCUGGUGCCGGUAAACAACAGUCAAAUAAAGAAAUAUUCAAUUUGGAAGUACCAAUUCCCAUAAAACUGAGCUAUGGCAAUCAACAAAUUUAUAAUAGGACAAGGCCGACGACGGGAGACUUGGAAAAUAAAAUAGCAGAAAAAAUUUAUGAAAUAGGAACGAAGAACUUGCUAAUGGACUCUUUAUAUCAUGAUGAUGAGCCCCCCACCAAUUUUGCACUGAAAAAGUUUUGGGGAAAAUGGCGACGAAAGAAGACAUCCACGAGGCCUCCAACAACAGCCCGUGACCCAUCUACCGCAACUGCCGAUCCAGCUUCGACAGAAACUCCAACAACAUCCACUGACCCAUCAACAUCAACUGCCAUUCCAACACCAACAGGAACUCCAACAACCUCCACUGCAAUUCCGCCUUCUUCAACCACGACAACAGAAGCCACAACCUCUACUGCAAUUCCCCCUUCUACAACCACGACAACAGAAGCCACAACCUCUACUGCAAUUCCGCCUUCUACAACCACGACAACAGAAGCCACAACCUCGACAACAGAAGCCACAACCUCCACUACAAUAACCCCUUUUACAACCACGACAACAGAAGCCACAACUUCCACUGCAAUUCCGCCUUCUACAACCACGACAACAGAAGUUACAACCUCCACUGCAGUUCCACCUUCUACAAUCACUACAACAGAAGCCACAACCUCCACUGCAGUUCCACCUUCUACAACCACGACAACAGAAGCCACAACAACUACAACAGAAGCCACAACCUCCACUGCAAUACCCCCUUCAACAACCACAACAACAGAAGACACAUCAGCAACCACUACCACAGAAGCCACAACCUCAACUGCAAUUCCGCCUUCUACAACCACGACAACAGAGGCUACAACAACUACAACCACGACAACAGAAGCCACAACAACAACCACUACAACAGAAGCCACAACCUCUACUGCAAUUCCGCCUUCUACAACCACGACAACAGAAGCCACAACCUCCACUGCACUUCCACCUUCUACAACCACUACAACAGAAGUCUCAACCUCUACUGCAAUCCCGCCUUCUACAACCACGACAACAGAAGCCACAACAACAACCACUUCAACAGAAGCGACAACCUCAACUGCGAUUCCGCCUUCUACAACCACGACAACAGAAGUCACAACAAAGUCCACUUCAACAGAAGCAACAACCUCAACUGCAAUUCCGCCCUCUACAACCACGACAACAGAGGCCACAACAACAACCACUACAACAGAAGACACAACCUCCACUGCAAUUCCGCCUUCUACAACCACGACAACAACCACUUCAACAGAAGCGACAACCUCAACUGCAAUUCCGCCUUCUACAACCACGACAACAGAAGUCACAACAACGUCCACCUCAAAAGAAGCCACAACCUCAACUGCAAUUCCGCCUUCUACAACCACGACAACAGAGGCCACAACAGCAACCACUACCACAGAAGCCACAACCUCCACUGCAAUUCCACCUACAAUAAGCACAACAAGAGGGGAUACAAAAACCUCUACAGCAAUUCCGCCUACAAGAACUACGACAACAGAAGCUACAAAAACCUCUAAUGCUAUUCCGUUUACAUCAACAUCGACAACUCGUGAUCCGUCUACCUUAACUGCCGUUGCAGGAUCAACAGGAAGAACAUCCACUGCAAUUCCGCUAACAGACUAA